GACAAAAUGGCUAAGAUGUAAUUGUUUUUCUAAUACUAGAAUACGAUAAUGUAACCAUUGGACCCGAAUACUGAGGAACCACUUGUUGGCUACCAAGUUGUCUAAAUGCAUCUUCGACAGCGAGAGGGAGAUGUGACAAGUUGGAGUGCGGAACAUGCAGGACUGUCUUUACAGAUCUUCUUCGCUUCCUCCUGCAUAAAGCUUUGUGUUCAUGCAGCGAGUGCCUGUUAGGUUGUACAGACUUGCACAUGAAUGGAACCGAAAUGCUGCAACAUUAUGAAGUGGAACACAGUAUUCACUUACAGAUGUCACAGUCAAGUCAAGAAACUCCAUCAGUGUCUUGCAAAUCACAGAAUACAAAUAGUUGCAAGGACAGCUUCGUGGUGAGAGACGUUGGAGAUAGAAAAUUAGCGAUGACAUCCAAUCAAAUUACAUGUGAUUAUCUCACAAAUAGAACAUGGCAGAAGAGAAAAUUGCAGUGUAAGUUUGAAUCAACAUUCUUGAGUAAAAAAAUUAUGACUGAAGAAACAUUCGUGAGUAAAAAAAUGACUGAAGACAGAGGUGCGGAUCAGAAUAAUUUUGAGAGUUCUCAAAAUAAUUCAAAUACUAAUGUAAAGGCCCCUACAGAGGUAUUUUUAAGAACUGAUUUAGUUGCUAGUUCAACAGAUCUCGGGAAUGAAGAAAACAGCGAUUCAGAGAAACAUGAUAAAGCUGAAUCAAAUUUACAUGAGCAGGUCUUGAAAUAUAGGGUGCAUUCAAUAGCAGAUGGACAGGCUAAUGGGAGUAGAACUGAUGCUGAAAGAGUUACUAAUGGUGAAAAGACUUUUAAGGAAGUUGACAAGCGACUACCUCAGUCAGACAUGGUCGAAACAGAUAUCAAUGAUGAAAAUAACAUAUCCAUUAACAACGCUGAAAAAGUGAAAAGUGAUUCAGAAUUGGAUAUGAAUAGUAAUGUCAGAAAUUCUUUUGAACCUAUUCUUGUUAAAGAUAAGAACAACUGCAACUUCCUGCCUUCAAAAGGAGGCAUUAACGAAAUUGAAACAAAAUCACAUCAGAUGGCAAUACAGGAAGGCGAAACUUUAAGUAAAGAAUUGAACAUGCCAGACUUUUACUUUAUCCUCAGAAUUGAACAGCUAGGACAGUUAGCUGGGAAUAAGGUCAGCCUAUCUUGCAGUGGACGUGAACAAUUUGAAUGCAUUGUUUGCGGUGAGAUUGUCAACUGGCGACGAACACUUUGCCGUCACAUGCGUGAAGAACAUGGAGAGAUUUUAAAAAGCGGGCAGAUUUCACAUGACAAGAGCUUAACUUCAGAGAAGAAAGGAAAAGUAAUGAAAAUGAGUGGUUACAUGAAGCUGGAAAUGGGAGUGAAAAAGAUCAGGAAUGUCGAGAAGCAGGACUUGCCGGGAACAUUUGAAUGUAAAACAUGUCAGAAAGUUUUUCACAGGGAGCGUUUCUUAAAAAAGCAUGAAUCUGUACACGAGAAAAGUAAGGAGAUUUUAUGCGAUAUUUGUGUGAAGACUUUUAAAACAGAGGCAAUUUUCAAACAGCACAUGCUUAAGACACACAAGCGUGAAAGAGGCCCGUAUCAAUGCGAUAAAUGUGAUUUCACAUCUUCCGUUAAUAUUUUGAUACAUGAACAUCGUCAGAUCCAUCCAGAAAACAGUAUUCUGUGUGAAAUAUGUGGAAAUGCCUAUGCCGAUAAAUCAACUUUAAUGAAGCACAUGAGAGUGCAUGAUUUAUCUCGACCAUAUCCAUGCCAAUUUAAGGACUGCACAUGGAGGUUUCACUCUGAAGUAAUGUGCAAGGCUCACAUGGAAGCGCAUGUUAACAAAGGAAAGUUCAAAUGUUCGGAAUGUGGAUAUGUUUUCCGCAAAAAGCACCACUUAAAAAGGCAUGAAAAAGUUGUGCACAAUAUAAAAGACAAUGGUCCAGCUUCGAUCGAAGGAAAUGUGCCAGUUAAUAAAGAUAAUAAAUCAGAUUUACAUGUUGAGGUCCCAACAUUGCCAUCUGGGUAUUUGAUAAUUGAUGAAAACAUUGAAAAUCAAAUUGUAAUGAAUAACGCUCAAUAUGACAUUGAGAAUACUCUUCAGACGACUCAAAUUGUUAUUACUGAUGAAUCAGGAGAAAUUCAGAGUACUUGCAUAGGAGACGAUAAUAUUGUAUAUCAAACAUUUCUAACUGAUAAUGAUGUGAUUGGGAAUAAUAUGGGUUCAAGAACCGUUGUACAAAUGAAUAACAAUCUGUCUGUGAAUGAUAGGUUACUUUUGGGCUGUAGCAUGCAAGCUGAAUCAACUUGUGGUUUACCAGUUGUAACGUCAGGUGCAAACUCUUCAUACAUGUUGAAUACAACGAGGGAAAUGUUGGAUAUAGGUGCUGCUAAGACUGACAAUAGAAUUACUGAUGAGUCUUUUAAAGUCUUCUCGGAGGAAAAUUAUACGUUACCAUACCUACCAGCUAAAGAAGAAGAUGGUGUUAACAUUAUGCAGGAACACACUAAGAUACUUGUGGAGCCUCAGACGGUGGAGGUAAUAGAUACAGGGGAUGAAGUCUUCUAGGAACAGAAAGAGGUAGAUUUUAUCUUUGACAGUGGAAAUCAUAGAUACAUGCCGCUGUAUCUGGAAGUGUUCUAGGUCCAGAAAAUGAUAGAUGGAUGACAGUUAUCUACUUUGAAAUGUCGACAGACAGGCUAGGAAUUCCCUAAAAUUGUUGCUCAGUUUGAUAGUAUCAUGAGAGAUGUCAGAAAAAAAACAUUUGAGGCAUUAUCAUAGCCUUUGUGUUGUCUACCUGGGCAGUGCCAUUCAAAAGGUAGGACCUUAGACACAACCAUACCAGAUUAUUUUUUUGUAUUCAUAUACAUGAGCACAUGUUACCACUAACCAUAUGCAUAGCAAAGCCCAUUAUUUUUGCUCAAAUGAUUGUUGCUCUCUGUUUGUGAUGCAGGGUUCGAAUUUAGACUCGCAUACUCGCAAAAUGCGAGUGGCAUUUGCAAAUUGCGAUUGACUUUUAUUCAAGCUUGCAAAAUUUUGGCUUUUUCUAGACCACAAAAUGUUAAAAGGAAAGUAGAAUAAACAUGAACUUCACUUUGCUACGAAGUCAAGUGUAAACAACCUAUAAGUGGCAUGUUUACCAUUUAAGAGACGACAAUAUGGAGUCACGCUCUUUUCAAAAAUAGAACAAAUACGGAAAAGGCCGAGUUUUAUCUCGAAUGAGUUGACAUGACGUAACCUAGCUCAAUCAUUGGCUAAAUUUAGCGCUUUCGCGCACUAUAUGUAAACCCCAUCAACCUUUGAAUAUAUCCGCUCAACUGUCAAAGUGAAUAGACUUCUGAUAUAUUUUAUAGUCCAAAGCAUCUACGCUACAUUUACUGUUGCUUUUAUUUAUUCUAAAUUUAUACUGUUAUUGUUUAUAAUACUUAUAGACUUAAUCAGUUAAUAAAAUCUGUAGCGUUCUCGCCGAAUGGGAAUUACCCGAUUGCGAGGGUAAAUAUACCCCCCUCAAAGUGAACAGUGUCAAAUUAUGGGACAGCUUUGUUAUCAAAAAGUGGCCAGCAUCUGAUGAGUCAUCUGUACCCCCCCCCCCCCCUCCCCCCCAAAAGAAUAAGCCAACAACAAUUUAUAGUAGUCAAGUCACUCAAGAUGGAUUCUUUUAAUAUUCAUAAUAUGUCUUAGUUGGAAAUAUCUACUUUAAUUAGACAAUAUUAUAAGGGAAUAAUGAAAAUAAUAAAAUUGCAAGUUGAUUUUUCAUUUUGUGAGUUGCCUCAAAAAGCACUCGCAAAAUUUUGCGAGUGCUCCUCAAAGUUAAAUUCAAACUCUGGUGAUGCCUUUGUUUUUAAGAUUAGCAAUGACAUAUUUGCUAAAUGAAAGUAUUUAGUUGACUAGAUGGGCUGAUGAAAAUGACAGCAUUUUAGAAUAUGUUUUUUUAUUUAUAAUUAAAAGUUUAGCUUUUAUUUAACCUCAAAAAGUAUCAAAGCUGGGUUAAAGAAAUUUAGUAUGUGGAAAGAGGGCAAUAUGGAGAUUAUGAAAAUUAUUUAUUUUUUCUUGUUAGGCAAAGUUAUGCAGAGUUAUGACCCUUGACUUAUUAAAAAUAAAGCUGUUGACUAAAAAUAAUUUUGGUCCUGGGAAAACUCAAAAAGUAUAAAAGCUAGGUUAAUGAAACUUAGUAUGUGGAAAAAGGGAGAUUAUGCAUGUUAUUUUUUUCUUCUUCAGACAAAGUAAUGCAGAGUUAUGGUCCUUCAGGCCAAAAAAAAAUUGUUUGUUUCUGCUCACAUCUCCAAAAAAAUAGGGUAGGUAGGUAGCCAUAACUUUUUUUUUUGUCUAUUUUUUUUUGAGAACUGGCAUUCUGUACCAAACCCCAAGACCUAUAUCAGGGUAUAUCACUAUUGUAAAAAAAAUUAGAUAUAAAAUGGUCAAAUCUUAACAUGUUUACAUGAAUAAAUUCACAUUUAUUUAGAAAAUUACUAAAAAAUCCACACAAAGGCACAAAUCUUUCCUUUAGACAUCAACACAAUUUAUCA